AUGAGUAUGAGGGAUCUGCGGCUGCUGGCAGAGAAUGCACGACGUGUUGAGGAGGUUAUACUGGACAUUGAACGCGCGUUUAUUCCCGUUGUAAGGGGCGAGAUGUGUGUGGCAUCCUGGGGCGGGAAAGAGUGUCGCAUUUACUCCGUGGAUACCUCGCAUCCGGCCAUUUUGACGCCGACGGAAAGAGCGAGGGUCUUCUGGGCGUACUAUCAGGUCAUGCGUCUUAUGCUGUGUGAUGAGGAUACUAUCUUCGCGGAGAUGGCGUUGAUGCGGUUACGGAACCUUUUCUACGUCAAUGAGAUGGCGCACUGGAUUCGGGCUCGCUGUGCGGACUGGGGUCUUAUCUAUGUAGUAAGAGCGUCGGGGAGGGCGAUCGAGAGGGUGUAUCAAGAGCAGUAUGGGUGUGCGGCGCCGGAAUUUCAGAGUCCGUUGGAUUUCGAGCGGCCAGUUGUGCUGUUUGUUGUCUGGGAUUGCUGGCAGGGGAGGUUGGACAAUAUAGUGAGGAGGGGGUCGGAGGGGGAUGGGUAA